GGGCAAAGACGCAUGUAUAGGCCAACACAAUGUGAUUGAAAUGGAUACGUUGUUUUAUGCGCCGAGGCAAAAGUGUCUUCUCGUGAAGUUCAUUGUCAUGGGAUGAGAUACUUGCAAAACAACUGUAGCCUUGCAAUUGGUCGCCCAGAGUUGUGAUGUCACUACUUAAUCGCCUAUACUGUUUGAGCAGACAGAAAGCGGUGUCCAGAUGGAGUUGGAGAGCCGAGGGAUCAUAGCUACCUCAUGGACACACUAAAGAGGACCAGGAACUCUACAAACUGUCUUGAUGAAUAGGAAUAAUAUAUGUACAGCGCACUGCCCAUCAUGGGGGAUGGUCCGUCAUCUAUAAACUUCAACAAUGACACAAAAGGUGGAAAGGUGGAUGUCGACAUUCCUGGCGAUGGCGCAUCUGAGCAGUGGAUGGUCGGAAUAGGAUUGGUUAUGGGUCUCAUAGUUUUAACAAUUGUUAUCGGUAAUAUUUUGGUCAUAACUGCUAUAGCCAAGAACCAGAGACUACAGACAUUGACCAACGUUUUUAUUGUUUCCCUGGCGAGCGCAGAUCUUAUCAUGGGCUUGUUGGUGGUACCAUUUGGUGCCGCGCUGGAAGUCCAGGGCGCGUGGCUGUAUGGCUCCUUCUUCUGUGAAUUCUGGAUAUCCGUUGAUGUUCUGUGUGUCACAGCCAGCAUCGAGACGCUGUGCGUUAUUGCGAUAGACAGGUAUGUCGCCAUCACCUCGCCUUUCCGAUACCAAAGCUUGCUUACAAAGGCAAGGGCAAAAGUGAUAGUGUGCAGUGUGUGGGCUAUCUCUGCGCUGGUCUCUUUCCUACCAAUUUUAAUGCACUGGUCGCGGGACAAUGAGAACACUGCAUGUUAUGAGAAUCCAGAAUGUUGUGACUUUAUUACCAACCGGGCGUAUGCCAUUUCGUCCUCAAUCAUAUCGUUUUACAUACCUUUAGUUGUAAUGAUAUUUGUCUAUGCCCGAGUGUAUAGAGAAGCAAAAAAGCAACUGAUGAAGAUAGACAAGUGUGAGGGAAGGUUUCACAAUAACCUUAACGAUGCCACCAAGAACAAAACUAAUAGAAAGAGACCCUCAAAAAUGCUUGCAUUAAAGGAACAAAAAGCAUUAAAAACACUGGGCAUUAUUAUGGGAACGUUUACUCUUUGCUGGUUGCCCUUUUUCAUUGUCAACGUUGUCCGAGUGUUCUCCUCCGAGGUCGUGGACAAAGACCUUUUCGUGUUCUUUAACUGGCUGGGAUAUGUCAACUCUGCUUUCAACCCAAUAAUCUACUGUCGCAGUCCGGACUUUCGAAAGGCUUUUAAAAGACUGCUUUGCUGCCCAAGACAAGCAGACCGAAGGCUUCACGUAAGCUCAUGCGACCUUUCGCGUUACUCCGGCGGCUUUGUGAACUCAUUGGAACCGGGAAUGAUGGGGACGUGGACAGACUGCAACGGACUGGACCAUAGCGACAGCAGCCUGGAGGGUAGCGCCAAAUUAUCUCAUUCAGAGUCGCAGCUGUGAGGAUUGUUAAUGUGAAUUUCACCGGUGACAUUUUUUGUUGUUGCAUAAAUGUCCAGUUGAGCCCAUGGAGACUUCGUCUGUCAAUGCGCCAAAAUUUGGAACAAGAAUCAUGCUCAAGGUUUAUCUGUUUCUGGGACGACAAUGAUGGCACUCAAAAGGCUAAGCAUCAUCCGUGUGUUAAUAAUAAACUUUAGCACAUCUCAAUUCAGAUGGAAAGGAGCAGCUCAUUUAUAAAUCGUGCACUAGAUGUUGGAACAGCAAUGUAAAUACAUUUCAACAAGUGUCAAAAUGCCAUGUUAUACCUCAUGCCUAAAGUACAAAUUGUACGUAAGGAAUUUGUUUAUAUUAAACACAUGUUAAAUAAACAGUAUUUAUUUUGCGCUGUAUAUAGGUCUGUAGAGUAGGUGAAGAAUUGCACAAACAUGAAUUGGGUGGGUUGAAGGGCGGUGGUACUGAUGUGCACCUCAGCAUAGAGGGGGACCAAAUAGAUCCCCAUUUUCUCUCUCUCUCUUUCUCUCUCUCUGUAUAUAUAUGUCUGUCUCCUAAUCUUCAAUGCUCAUGGGUCUAUGUUUUAUUGUAUUAUGGUGGAUGUUUAUUAGUGUGCAUUAAAGUGUCAUUUUAUGACAACUGUUUCUUCGUUCCACAUUAUGAUAGUUUUUCAUAUGUAUUUGUCUAUGUACAUAUGGACUUAACUCUCACAAAGGGAAUCGCUACACUAUGUGAGCUGUUGAAUGUGCUGUAUAACUGGUUACAAUAAUUGAAUGAAGAAUUCAGUUUAUUGAAGACAUUAAGUCAAAACAUUCUAUUUUGGUUCUCACAACUAUAGUGAUUUCCAUAGCAAACUAGCGCUGAGAACAUUGUAAACAAUAUAUUUUGUGAAUAAUGAAUUGCUAAGUAUAUCUGAUUCAUAUUUCAUCAACCAUCUGGCCAUGAUUAAAUAAUUUGUUGUGCAUUUUCAAA